AUGGAAGUUUCUUCCUCGGACUCAGCACUGCUCAACGUAUACGUUCAGCAACAUGAGUUAUAUAUCCUUAUCAAUCAGCUCGGCACAGCUGUUGAUCAACUUGAGGAAAAUAUAAUACUUUUACGAUCCGAUCACCUUGAUGGAAACGGGCGGAAGGUUCAAUUAAAUCGUAGUAGCGUUCGAUGCAGCAAACUCGCAGCGAGUCUCUUAUUUCAGAUUGCUGCGACUGAUACAGUUCCCAAGAAAGCUGUCAGGACCCUAUCUUUGCGAUACCACGACGUAUCAAUGUCCUCAACGACAAGAACACAAAGUGGUGAAAUGCGGAGGAGACAUCUUGAUGGAUUGAAACCAGUGAUUUUGCAACCAGAUUUUCCAACAAGGGAAACUUGGCUACUUCGUGAAGUAGUGCACGUUAUAGCGUUGCGCUGCCGCAACCUGCUUUUGGGGGAUAAUAUUUCGUGUAUGGAUGGAGCUUUGCAUUGGGCUGAGCAAGUUCAGACGAGCCCACGCCUUGGGGUCGCUCUAGCAUUCGCUGUUGUUACCGCCUGGAGGCGCAUUGCAUCUCUCGGUGUCAGCUUCGCGUCCAUACGCGACGAGCAUUACCAUGCAUCCCCUUUGAAUGAAACCAAUACUGCGCACGGUCACGCCGUAGCGUCCCGUAACGCAGGAUGCGUCGACGGAAUCCUUUUUUUUUGCGCCCUAUGUUCUUCUUCUGGACCACCAUGCCCCCUAUCAAACUUUUCGGGCAACUCUAGGAAAGAUCCCGUAAAUGACGAUGCGGUGGGCGAUCUGGGGGCUUUCUUUGAUCCUGAAUUGCUCAAGGAUUUUGCGCUUGCUAUUUUUCGGGGUCACUGUCGAAACAUGCCGCUAGACGUGUGGAAUGGCUUUUUGAGCACCGCACAAUUUACAACUUAUCUUUUAGAAGAGAUUAAAAUUCGACAAGGCAAGUCUAAUGAUUAUUUCUCGCAUUUCCCAUUGACGCUUGCACAGGAGGCAAUCGUACUUCGUAGUCUGUUGCUAUUUACAACCGGCCAAAGUCAUGUUUGGGCGUCGGCGCUUCUUUCUGCAAGUCUUUCAAGUACUGAAGUUGGGUUUGGUACUUUGCUUGUAGAGAACGUUCCUGAAGAGGUGUGUCUCGACGUACGGCGCAUUUUUGAUGAACUGAACGCAUUUGUUAAUAAAGAAGUCAAAAAUAACGAAUUAAUAUUGUUUUCGUCUCUUGUCCUGUCUGAUGGGUAUGCGCUGUGGUUGUUGCAACCUUAUGCAACCAUGUGGUCCUGCUACUGUACUCUGUAUGAAGGAAAUGAGUGA